AUGGAAGCGGCAAUAGCUGCUUUCCAGAAACCAAAUACAGCACCAGAAAUAACAGAUUUCAUAGAAUUGACGUGGCGAACCCAUGUUCAAUAUAUCGAGGUUCUAACUCGAGAGCAAAGAGAGAAAGUCUCUCAAGAUUUGUUUUUAUUUUGCGAAAAACUCGCAAAUAAUACAAAUGAUGACAAUGUGUACACUCUCAUUCUGGCCUGCGGUAUUAUUUUUCGAUCUUAUCUAUUAGAUUUAUCACAAUUAUUUCCUUUAUUCGAUAAACUCUUCGUAGCAACUCGAGAAGCAGAUAUUAUUGCCAUUGCAAAACUUAUGAUACAUAUUUCGGCUCAAACUGAUGAAAUCAAUCCAAUUUUCGCGAAAAGAUAUAUAAAAAAAUCAUUAUCGAUGAUAAAUUCCAAAAAACAGACAGAUAUCAAGUUCGGACUUAUAAUACUUCAAGAAUAUAUCACAAAAUUGGCUUCAUUAAUUAUCCUUCAUUUUCCAAAUAUCUCGUUAUCACUUUGGACAACUGUUCAGAACCAAAAUGACACAAUUCGACGUUUAGGAAUAUCCGUGUUUUCCAUAUACAUCCAAGAAUUGGCGAAAGUAUCUGGUUUCACGAGAAAAAUCACAUUUCAAAAAGUUUACAGGCAAUCAUUAGAUUUAUUAAUGACCAAUCAAUACAGAAAUCAACAUACGGCAAUUCUUAUCAUAGCGGCUUUAAUUUCUUUUCAAAGUAAUAUUUUUGAAGAUGAAGCUUUGACAAUUUACAAAAAUUUAAGUCAAUUCUUAACUUCAAGUCAUCAUCCAUUACGAAUAUCCGCAAUUUCGACUUUAAUUCAAAUCUCAAAAAUAAAUCAAGAAUUAUUCAAAGAAACAGUCUUCACAGCCAUAUUUCAAUCGCUCAUGACAAUGAUUGUCGACAGAAAAACAAUUGUACUUACAAUAGAUACCAUUACAACAAUGGUUGAUCAAAUUCCAGCUUAUAUUUACGUAAAAAUCCCUUCAAUUAUAAUAAUGAUCGACCAAAUACCAAACAAUAGCCGUUUACAAGCGAUGACAAGAAUUUUGAAUUUAUUUUUGAAGAUUAUUGACUUAGAUCCGAAAUUAUUGGAUUCUAACGAUGAUAUUAUCUGGAGAAUUGUAGAGAGCAAUACACUGUCAAGACAGUUCGUCAUGUUUUUUGAAAAAGUGAAGAUUUAUUAUCCAAAUUUCGAAUUUGAUCACAAAGAGAAACUUUGCAACUUAAUUCUCUCUGUUUUAAGUUCUUAUUCCAAUCCUUAUCAGGAAGCCCUUGAUCUGAUAUCUCUAAUGCACAUAGAUUUCGAUUUCGCGUUGAAAUUAAUGCCAUUGAUGAAAUCAGCCUUUUUCUCGAGAAACAAAGCGCACAGGCUUUCAGCCCCGCGCGCAUUAAUACAUGUUGUCGAGACAAAUCCUCAAGUUCUCCUUAAAGAAUCUGUUGAAAUUUUUCAACUCGGAAUUUGUGACCUUUCGUCAAAAGUGAAGUGCGCAGUUAUCAAGUGUUUUGACGAUGACAGCCGUUUGAAGUACUUAAUUUCAACAGAACUCGGAAAAUCUUUUAUGAUUUUUGCAGAAGACAAAAACGCUGAUGUCCGCAAUGCUUAUUACAAUCUAUUGAUGAGGUAUUCCUCAUUUUCACCAGUUGCAUCAUAUAUAACUCUUAGAAAAAGUAUAAUAAAAUUAAUAUCAGCGAUAAGAACGAAUUCAACGACAUCGGAGUGUGUGAAUUAUGUUAAAUCGCUGCCAAUGCUAAUUUUGGCAUCAAAAAGUAUCAUUUAUACCUAUGAAAAAAAUAUUUUAGAAGCAAUUGUCCAAAAAAUGACAAUUUCUGCUCAAAACGAGAGAGUUCUCAUUGAACUAGACCUACAACUCUCUAUAUAUCUAGUCAAAUCUCUUGAAACUUUCGCUUCAUUAAACGGAGAAUCGAUAUUUCCAUAUAUAGAUACGAUUAGACCAGUUCUAAUCGAUUACAUCCAUGGAAAGAACAGAGAAUUGAAAGAAUGCGUCGUAGAUUUACUCACAACUUUGUUGUUAUCUUCAGAUUCUCUGACAAAAGUAUAUUCCCAUUUAGCACCGAUCAUUCCAACCAUUGUAGAUGCUGUUGGAUCCAGUACUUCUCAAGUAUUUCGUGUCAAAGCCCUUAAAUUCAUCGGUGCAAUUGGAGCAAUUUCUCCAAGCAGGGUUGGCCUGACAAAAAUGUCAACUAAAGAGGACACGGUUACCUUUGACCUUCAGAAAAUGAAGAAAAACGAGCUCUGGAUGGCUCAUUUCGGCGAAGUUAUUUUUGAUAAAUUGUUAUCAAUGAUGGAAGACAAAGAUUACAUCGAAUCUCAGCAGAUGGUCUUUCAUACAGCAAUUUCUGUCGUAAGUGUCAUGACGACUAUCCCUAAUAAAUCCUUAGAAAAGUUGAUCGGACAUAUCCUAUCGUCUAUAAAAAAUUCCUUAGAAUCCCAAAAAAGUGACGCGUUCUCUCAAUUAGAAAAUUUAAUUUUAAUCGCCAAACAACGUGUGUGUCCAUUUGUUCCCGAGAUCAUGCGUGUCAUUGACAACAGCUGGUCCCCUAGAUACCUUGUAGGAAGUUUAAGGGUCAUCAUUGCCUUAGUUAUUGAAGUACAUACUGAUUUCACAGAUUAUGUUGCUCCUUUGUUUCCUCGUAUCCUUGAAAGUCUUUCAGCAUCAACAACAGGACAUCCCGAUGUAGCAAAAGUAUGUCUUCCUCUCUUAGCUUUCUUAGGACCAAGUUAUUCAAAUGCUGUUUCCCUGAUUUUCCCUCAAAUAUGUCACGUAAUUGAACUAGACACAACACCGAAGGAUGUCUUGAUAGCGGCAUUGACAUCCAUGAGGUAUUUAGUUCAAAACGGAGACCCAACUUUCCACGCGACAUCAAUUUUUUCCGCUGCAGUUGAAUUCAUGGGACAAAACGUCGAAGAAGACGUCAGAAAAAUAGCUAUUGACAUAGUGUUCAGUUUGAUGGUCCGCAUUGGAGAAUCAGUUGUCAUCUACGCGCAUAGAAUCAUCGCUGUUUUGGGAUUCGACCAAGAAAACGUCGAAAAAUUCAAACAAAUUUUGGAUGAAAUUUUGAAUUUUCCGUUUACUAAUAUAUACAAAUUCGAUUUCAUCUCGAAAGAUCCACCAAUCUCAUUAACGCCAACACCCACAAAACAGAGGAGAUUCAAAGUAGAAUCAUUCUAUAAAACAUUCAUUGCAGGAGCUUUGGAAACUCCGAAACAAUGGAAAACAUGGUUAAACAACGCGAUUUUGAAGUGGGUUCGCAAUUCCCCAUGUCCAUCCAUUAGUUUAUUACAUGAUUUAGCGAGUAACAUCCCUGAAUUACUCGAUUUCCUCACAUUCCCGAGCUUCUUCGCAAUUUGGGAUAACAUCGGUCAAAGAGAAAGACAAAAAGUGUCUGAAAAUUUGAUGAAUAUCAUGAAUAAUUCUUUGUUUCCUAACGAUGUUAUUUUGCAUUUACUUAAACUCGCUGAAGGAUUAGAUAGAGUAGAACAACCAUUAGUUGUGAGUCCGAUUUCUUUGCGAAAUCUUUGUCAGAGAGUGAAAUAUCAUUCAUACGCUGUUCACAUUGAUAUUGUUGAGUUUUUCAAACAUAACAAUGACCAAUUCGCACAUUCCGCGGCAAAGAUGUAUAUAGAACUCGACCAACAAACAGAGAGUGAAUCAAUUCUCCAAAAAUAUCCAAUAGAAAACGAUUCUUCCAUUUUGUUUCAACUCGGACAUUGGAAUGAAGCUCUUACAAUGUACGAGAAACAAUAUAAAGAGAAUAAUAGAAAUCUAUUAGCCCUUACAGGUAUGAUUAACUCUGCAAACAAAAUGAAGAAAUAUGAUAAAAUUCUUGGUUUCGAAGAUGAACUGACAAAAAGUGACAAAAACACCAUACGUCUAAAUUCUUUGAAUUUUGCGAGAGCUUAUUUCACAUCCAAGAAAUAUGAUAAGAUGUAUGAAUACGCUAGUUUGGCCGAUCCUGAGAUAUUAGAGACACAUGUUUUGACUGCUGUUUCUUUGUGUUUGUUGGGAAAUUUUAAACAAGCGGAAAAAAGUGUUGAAACAGGAUUUCACUUGAUUUCUCAACAAUUUAACAAUAAAGGAUACAGCGAAGCCUACAAUUCCAUGAUAUAUUGCCAAGUACUAUGGGAAUUGCAUGAGAUAAUCAAGACAAAAGGAAAACCGAAUUCAAAUAUUUGGAGAGAAAGAAUUUCUUCAACAAAACUGACAACGGAAUCUUGGACACCUCUAAUUAUGCUAAGAUUAGCAUUUGCGCCACAAGAGAACCAGGCUUUCCUGCAGUACUUGAAUAUAUCUCUUCAGGACCAUCGUUUGGACAAUUUUAUUUGGUUGUUUAAUAUGAUUCCAAACCAAAAUUUGAUUCCCUUUUUGCAUGCGAAAAUGAAGUAUCUUUGGGCGUUGGGAAGAAGAGAAGAAGCUUUGCAAGGUAUAGAUAAAAUGAUACAAGACAAAAAGACAAAUGUUAAUGUUAUUUUGUCUUAUAUCGAUUGGACAAUCGCUAUGAAACAUGAUGAAAAAACUUUGAUAAAUUUGGGAGAAAGAUUGAAAAGAACUGUUUCUCAAGAUUCUUCUAAUUAUGGAUUGACACAAAGAUGGGCGAGUGUGAACUUCCAUUUAUUCCAAUUGCAUCCGGAGAAUUUAAAUUACGCUGUUGAAGCUGUUCGUGGUUUUGUUCCUGCAAUUAAAAACUCAGCUUCAGCACAUUUUUCCGAUGUUUUGCAAUUGUUGUGGAUUUUCUUUUCAACUGCAAAUGAUGAUGAAACGUUCAAAUUAACUGAACCAUUGUUUUCUUCAAUUCAUUCAAGUAAGUUCGUUGAAGUUGUUCCACAAUUAGUUGGUUUGCUUGACCACAAAAACGAAUUGGCAUCGAUUUCAGCGAGAAACAUCAUUUUGGAACUCGCGAAAACAUCGAAACAAAGAAUCUUCUUUCCAUUGAUUUGUGCAGGACAAUCAUUGAACUCUAACAUGAGAGAUAAAGCUCAGUUAGUACUACAAAGUGUUGCAUUGGCACAUCCAUCGGAAAUUGCUCAAUGCAUGAGAUUGUCAACUGUUUUGAUUUCUGCGUCUGUUACUUUGUUUGAUUGUUGGAUUUGUUGUGAAGGAGAAAAAUCAACUUAUUUACUUGAUAGAGCUCAUAAUCCGAAAUGUACAAUGGAUAGAUUGUUCGGAAGAUUACUUGGCCCUUUGAUUUCUGAUUUGGAUUGUUGUUUGUUGAAUGGCUCAGAUCCGAAACAGAUUUUGAAUGAAAUUUCAAGAGAAUGCGAAAAAAGAAUUUCAGAAUUUGAUAGAAUCCGAAUCGUUGAUGUAACAACGGAAAGAGACUUGAAUCUAAGUGAAGUAGAAAUGCCUGGUGCUCCUGGUGUUUAUAUUUCAUCAAUUUUACCUGAAAUUGACAUUUUAAACUCAAAACAACAUCCUAGAAGAGUCAGAUUUCAAGGAAAUGAUGGAAUUAUCAGACCUUUUUUGUUGAAAUCGAAUGAAGACUUGGCUUUGGAUCAAAGAUUCAUGCAGUACAUGAGAUUAGUCAACAUUUUCAUUCAACAAGAAUCAUGUUUAUACAAUAACAAUGUUUGUUUGCGCGAAUACGAGAUUGUUCCUUUAAGUCCACAAGUUGGAUUGAUACAAUGGGUUGAAGGAAGUGAUACGAUAUCUAGAUUGAUUGAAGAAUACAGGAAAGUUCAUUCCAUUGAUCCUUUACUUGAAAAGCAUUUUAUGGAGUUACUUUCUGUGAAUGCCGUUGACAAAUUAACUCCUAUGCAAAGAUACGAAUGUUUGAGUGUUGUUGGACAAAUAACAAGUGAUGCGGACUUGAGAACAAUCAUUUGGUUGAGAUCUCCAUCAAGCCAAGAUUGGCUCUCAAGACAUAUUCAUUUACAAAGGUCUGCAGCUGUUAAUUCCGUUGUUGGAUACACAAUAGGUCUUGGAGAUAGACACGCAAGCAAUAUAAUGAUUGAUAGAAAAACAGGUGAUAUGAUUCACAUUGAUUUCGGAGAUUGUUUCGAAGUCAACAAAGAUAGAAUAUUAUUCCCGGAAAAAAUACCUUUCAGACUCUCAAGAAUGUUAGUUUCUGCAUUCGGAUUGGCUGGAAUUGACGGAGAAUUCAGAAAAACAGCAGAAAAAGUCAUGUCUCUUGUUAGAGAUAACGCGAAUUCAUUGGCCAGUGUUUUGGAAUUGUUCCUCUUGGAAAGUGAUGCUUCAAUGCUGGAGAAGAGAAUGAUUAAGAGGACAUGGGACAAAAUGAGUGGAGAUGAUUUCGAUGACAAGAAAUCUUUGACUCCUGAGGAGCAAGUUUCAAGAUUAAUCAAUGACGCUGUUGACAAAUACAACAUUUCUCACCUUUAUACAGGAUGGGCUCCUCUUUGGUAA